CGCGGAGGGGCUGCGUGCGCAGGAGCCGGGCGCGCGCGCGCUCCUCUUUCUCCGCCGCAAGUGGCGGCCAUGCCAGGGAGGCGGCAGAAGCGGCUUCUCCGCGAGGCGCCGGCGCUUGGCGGGGUCGUGGGCCGCCGGCCUCUGCAAGAGGCCUCCUGCUCCUCCCCGCGCAGAAGCAGCGAGGCCUUCUACUCGGCUCGGGACGGCCCGCCACCGCUCCGCCUGGGCGCGGCGUAUUUCGACCAGCCGUGCACCCGGCUGGCCAGAGCCUUGCUGGGGCAGGUUCUGGUUCGGAAGCUCCCAGAUGGGAAAGAGCUCAGAGGACGGAUUGUGGAAACAGAGGCCUAUUUGGGAGGAGAUGACUCAGCUUCCCAUUCAAGGGGUGGGCGGCAGACUGCAAGGAACACAGCCAUGUUCAUGAUGCCAGGCACUCUGUAUGUGUACCAGAUCUACGGGAUCUACUUCUGCAUGAAUGUCUCCAGCCAAGGUGAGGGGGCUGCCGUCCUCUUGCGGUCACUGGAGCCUUUGCAGGGCCUUGACGCAAUGAGAGAGCUGCGCCUUGCUCAGCGGAAAGGGGUGACCCGACCCCCCAAAGACUGGCAACUGUGCAACGGGCCCUCCAAACUCUGCCAGGCCCUUGCGAUCGACAAGAGUUUUGACCAGCAGGAUCUGGCCAGCCACCCCACUGUGUGGCUGGAGUCCAGCCCAGGCCUGCCCAGGGAGGAAGCUCUCAUUUGUGCCCCCCGCGUUGGGAUCAGUGGCGAGUGGGCCCAGAAGCCUUUGCGCUUCUACAUCCUGGGCAACAAGUGCGUGAGCAUCAGGGAUAAGGUGGCAGAGGGGCCAGCAGGAGCCGGCCUACUGCACGUGCCUGCUGAGGCCUCUUCCUGCUGAUGUGCAGGAGCUGGUGAGGCCGUGGAGUGGACAUGCGCAGUAGCAGAGCACGAGAGGAGGCUGCUGAAGGAGCGUGUGUGUUUGUCACCAUAAGUGUGUUCCUUGCUCUGCUAACAGAGGCUGUGGCUGUGGCUGCAAGGGGCCUUCCUGCUUGCCCUGUUUGGAGAAGGGAGCUAUCUGACAAGAAGCACCAUGCCAGGGGGAUGACUGGACAGGAGAGAGGCUGGGGACAAGCAGAUAGCUCCACCUCCCCGAGAGCAGCCAGCAUGGGACUGCUCUUAGGCAUGGGGGGCAUGUUUAAUGGAAGAUGGUGCGAUGGGGGGGGGGCAAAAAUACAAUAUCUCACUAAGGGGACUUUUUUGCCUCCAAGCCCUUUUAAAAAACCCAAAUAAAAAGCUGCACGCUAUCCCCUCCCCCUCCUUGACAUGCACUGUCUGUGAUGGGGGGGGAUGAGAGUUCCACUGCGGCCAAGAGAUGCCAGCAUCACCGCAGCAAAUACUCCCCCCCAAUUACCUGAUUAAGCAUGUCCCUGAUCCUGACACCUUUUGGAUGGUGGAGGUAUAACUGGAUCCAAACAAGCAACUAUGACAAGGUCACAUUGUUUGAUGUAUAUUUAAAUUUUUUAAAAAACGGAAUAAAAACAGUUUAAAAAACCAA